UGCGGAAAGAUUUCUGUGAUCUGUGCGAUUAGUAGCUGUGUGUAGUGUAGCGCACAUGUUCACAGACGCUUCUACAUCAAACCACGCGCAGUGCCUGCACUGCCUGUUGCCUGAACAGCGACGAUGAGAAGCAACUGCUCUCUACUGGACCUUUGACUGGCAGUACACUCGGGGCCAGAUUCAGGAGUACCGUCCUGGGCGUCCAGCAACUGACUGCCUCGCAGGACACAAAUGCGGAGCAGCGGUUGUCAUGAGAUAAUAAGAAAAACUUUAUCUGCCUGAAAAGACUGCAUUAUACAUAAGACUCAAAAAUGAGCGAUGAAGAAGAUUGGGAUGCAGAGAUUGCUGCACCUGCGUCGACCCCAUCUAAGGCCACACCACCGCAACAAGACAGCUCCACACCAACAACACCUUAUCAAACUUUAAAAAUCACAGAUGGCUAUAAGUACAGUUACGAGGCCAAUGCCAGUCCAGCUAACAUUGAACAAGACUGGAAAGAUCCACCCUCUUAUGGAGGGUAUGGAGGGUCUAGACGUAAUGGAUACUCCCAAAGUCCAGGACCUAUAAGGCAUGAAAGAUUUAGUGACAAUAAAAGAUUUGACCCAACAAGGCGUACUAGUAGAUUUUCAAAUAGAUCUGUGCCAGAUGUGCCUGUCACUGAUUGGGAUGCUCCAGAUACUUCAGCGAACCAAAUGAAUGGUUCAUGGAAAUCAAAUGUUGCUCCCCCAAUGAAUACAACAACAGAGGCAGAAGAUUGGGAUCAGCCAUCAACGUCUACUCCUAGGGUUUCUAAGUCUGCCCCUAGAACAUUUGACGUGCCUACCUUUAAUCAGAAUAACUCGCAUAACAAUUCUGCCAGUAAAGCAGCAGUCGAAGAAGAUUGGGAUGAUGAACCAUCGGGAUCAGCACCUAAUACUGCAGUAGUAGAUAUUCCCACGUUCAAUCCAAACAGUUCAAGUAAUACACCUUUGUAUUCUGAAAAGCCAAGUACGCCUCUUUAUUCUGAGAAGCCACAUACACCGUUGUAUUCUGAAAAGCCACAUACACCACUGUAUUCCGACAAGCCAAGUACACCUCUAUAUUCUGAAAAGCCAAGUACACCCCUGUAUUCUGAAAAGCCACAUACACCUCUGUAUUCUGAAAAGUCACAUACACCUGCAAACAAUGUUAAUGAUGAAGAAGAUUGGGAUGAGCCAUCUGGAUCAGCUGCAAAGACCCAACCUGUAGUAGAUAUUCCAAUCUUUAAACCAAGUGAUUCAAAUAUUACAGUACGAGACCCGAAACCAAGUGAUUCAAAUACUACAGUACGAGACCCGAAACAGAAUAUUUCUACUAAUACUAAUAAUGAUGAAGACUGGGAUGCUGAUCCAUCAGGUCAACCAUCGAAUACUUCUAAUGGAUUUGCAAUGAAUUCAAAUGGAAUUGACAUUCCAAUUUUCAAUCCAGACACAAGUGCUGGUGGACAGCCAUAUUCUAAUAGUCCAGUGAACCAAAGAUAUGAAAAUAGCUCUCAUUCAAAUAAAUUACCAUUAAAAAGAGGUUUUGGUGAUGAUGACGAUCGUUUUAGUCGCGAUCGAGAUCAGGAUCGAGAUCCAUUUACUCGAUAUCCUCGAGAAAACAACAGGCAUGCUCCUUAUGAAAGAGGUGGCAGAGGCAGUAGAUUUAACAGAGGUGACCGAGGUGGCAGAGGUGGUAGAGAUGAUCGAGGUGGCAGAGGCGGUAGAUUUAACAGAGAUGAUCGAGGUGGCAGAGAUGACAGAGGUGACAGAGGUGACAGAGGUGACAGAGACGACCGAGGUGGUAGAGGCGGUAGAGGCGGCAGAGGUGGCAGAGGUGGCAGAGGUGGAAGAGAUGGUUACUUUAACUCACGCGAUAACUCCAGAGAUAGGGGGGAUAGAGGAGAUAGAUCCUUUAAACGAAAUUCUUUUGGCAGAAAAGAAAACAAUGACAAGCCCUCGUUUUUGCCAGCUGACUUUGGUACUCCUUUCAACCAAUCUGCUAAUGCACAACCAGAAGAAGACUGGGAUUCGCCAAGUGGUUUAAAGACACUACCACCAAAUCCAAUAAAUACAGAAUCUGAUGUUGCACCACCAGGGGCCAUUCAAACUGUUCCUAUUGAUACACAACCAAUAGUAGCCAUAGCAAAUGAAGAAUCGUGGGACUAAACAUUAAAAUAAUGCUCAUGCAAGUGCCUAAAAUAUUGUGUGUAGAAAGUUUAAAUAACUGACAUACGCAAAGCCGUGUUAUAAAUUGAUCAAUGUUCAUAGUAUUUAUAUAAAGAUUUAAACAGAAAUUCUAUGUAUGACAGUUUUGGAAUAGUCUUUCAUCUCAUUCAAACAAAUAUAUGUUUAUUUCAGUGAUCAUUUUAUUACAGCGUGAAAAGUAUCAUUUUGUGUCAAAGUUUAUUGCUAUCUAAGUAUUUUGUUGAAUUUCUGUUGAACUCUUACGCUUAUUGCAUCAAUUUUUUAAUGGUGGUACUAUGAUUUGAUGAAUGACGAUUGUUAUAACUAUUCAAAUGUUAUAUUAAAAGAAAUCGAUAAAAAUAAGUAGAGAAUAUUUUUCUUAAGUGUUUAUAGAUGUAAGCUAUAUUUACAUAAUGUACCAAAAACAUUAUUUUUCCGGCUUUAUAAGAUAAAAACCUUGUCAUAUAGAAGUUUAUUAUAUAUGAUGAUGUAUAUUUUAUGAGGAAGACACUUAAUGCAAAAAUGAUAUUUUGAGGCUUUCCAAUGUUGGUUGUGCCUUUACAAGAAAAUUACUGUACAUUUAAACUGAAUAAUAAAAAGCUUUGGUUAUAAA